AUGGAUUCGACGAUCCCACCCGCCGCGUUCAACAGAAGCAACGUCGUACCCGUCGCGUCCGCGCGCGACGACAAGAUCCGCGGUCUGCUCUCCGCGCUCCCGGACGUUGUCGAGGUGACGGACCUCGUCGAGGAAGCGCCGACGGCGGCGGCGGCGACGACGACGACGACGGCGACGACGACGACGGCGACGACGACGGACGCUUCCUCCUCGACGUCCUCGAAGGACUCGCGCGGCGGCGAGACGGGGCUGCUGUAUCUCGUCCACGAGUUCGAUUCCGCGCCGUCGUGGCGGCUCGAACCCGCGUUCGAGGCGCUGCCGUUGGACCCCUACCUCGGCGGCAUCGGCGCGGGGAGGUUUAGGGCGUAUUCAAAGUUUACGUAUUUUUUUCCCGGCGGUCGCGCCGCCGCGGACGCGGCGAUGAUGAAAGUCGCGGUCGCCGCCGCGGACGCGACGUUCUACGCGGCCGACGCCGUCGAUGAAUCGCCUGAAUCCGCGCCGCCGGAGCAGCUCGCGGCGAGCGACGACGUGAGCAAGCUCACGGUGAAGGCGUUGAAGGAGGAGCUCGGCAAGCGAUCGCUUCCGACCGACGGCCUGAAAGCCGCGCUCGUGACGCGGCUCAGAGAGGCGGUCGGCGGCGACGGCGGCGGCGCGGCGGAGCCGUAUCCGCCGUCCGAGAGCCACCGCGCCGCCGGCGGCUGCGGCGUCCUCGUCGAGGUCCCCGACCCGAAGUUUAACCCGCCGGCCGGGUACCGCUUCGAAGGCCGCGAGGAUGGCCAAAAGACGCGGACGUCCGACCGGCGGUUCGUCCGCGUCCCGAAGGCGAUGCGCGAUCGCCCGGAGUUCGCCGAGAUGAUCGCGCGGUUCGCGUCGUACGCGCGACUCGAUCCGCGGUACGCCUCGAGGACCUCGCUGACCGUGGGCGUGCACGCGAUUCGCAUCAAAGCCGACGCGAACGACCCGGGGUUACGCGGGCAAGUCGUCCCCGAGGGCAUGCACCAGGACGGUUUCGAGUACAUCGGGCUGCUGUCGCCGUCGCGGCGCAACGUCGCGAGCGACUGGCAGACGUACGUGUACGCCGGCGGGCCGAACGGCGAGCGGCCGAGCGCGAAGGCGCGGCCGAUGUUCCAGAACCCGGUGGAGCCGGGCUGUCUGCUGUUCCUCGACGACGGGCGGAUGUGGCACGACGCGGACGACCUCAGGCAGGCGGAUCCGGAGUGCGGGCCGGCGUGGCGCGACUUCAUCGUCGUGACGCUGGCGGCGGACGACAACGGAGGCCAGGGACGAUGGGGUCGGGCGCGAUGA